AGACUCAGAGCACCCCACCUUGGGGGCCAGGACACAGCCAUGAUGCUCAAUUGGAAGCUGCUCGGCCUGCUGGUCCUUUGCCUAUUUGCAGGAGGCAUCUCAGGCAGUGACGACCCCUCUCCCAAAUCCACAGACACCCAAGAAGAGAACUCCCCACCAUUGCCUCUGGGACCCCCAAUCCCUGGUGAUCCCUGGCCAGGGGCACCUCCUCUGUUUGAUGAGCCUCCUCCUCCAGGCUCCAACCGUCCCUGGAGAGAUCUUCCUGACAGUGGUGCCUGGCCCCCUAAGCCCCCGAGCACUGAUCCCCCUAAACCUCCUCUGCCCGAUGAUCCCUGGCCAGCAGGGACCCAGCCCCCAGAAAAUCCCUGGCCUCCUGCCCCUGAGAUGGACAGUGAAUCUCAGGAGGAGCCAGACCUUGACCCACCCCGGGAAGAGUAUAGAUAGGGUACCCCAGAGAACUUGAGCCUCCUCAGAGCACACCCAAGCCCACCUCUUUCUUUCUUCGUCUGCCCCUUUAGAAUCUCAAUUUUCCCUAAUUCCUUCGUUCCCUUCCUCAGUCUCUGGUUGGAUUGUGUUCUGUGUUGGAAGCGUCCAUGCUCUGCACCACCCUCUCUCCACCUUGCGGUCCGUGUUCAACCCCCACGUUGUCCCUCUGCUUCUCUCGAUCAGCAGAAAGCACACUCCUACCUCACUCAACCUGUUCUCGCUCGGCUAGACCUGGACUUCUAGGGAGAGCCUGAGCUCGGUGCUCACUGCUGCCACCUGGUGUCCUUAGCUGGGAACUGACAGUGGCCCAGGAUGGUGCUUCCAGUGGAAAAAUAAAAGCCUCGUUUUCUUC